AUGAAAAUGUGUUCAAGCAUAAAGGCUCACUUAAGAGUUAUGUGUGCAGUAUUCUUUGUCCGAGCAAUCCUCAGUGGGCGCUCCAUAGCAUCUAGAGCGAUUUUUGUGACUAAACACAAAUACACAACGAUUUAUGAGGACGUGGAAAUGGAUUUCGACAACGAUCUGAGUUUUGAGACUGGGGCCUGCAGAGAAGAAACAGCCAUUGCCUCAACAGCCUUGCCUCCUGCUGAAAAGCAAGAGUACGCGUGCGCGCUUAAUGGCACUAAAAAAAAGUUUGCCAAAUACAGCUCCGCUGCAAUACAAAACCAGCGGGCAUGGAAUAACAAGAAUCUAAGCCCCAGCCCUUCGGAAACCUCCUGUUCAGAUACUGAGAGCGUUCAAAUGGAGUGCAUGGAGUCAGAACAGGGGUUUAUGCCAUCUCCGAGGUUUAAGCGUAGGAAUAGAAAAGCUAUCAGCGCAAUCAAUGCAGAGCUGGAUAUAAGUCCAAACAGAAGAACAGAAGGACGCAUAAAGAAGAACACACUCUGGAGCCUUCUUCGGGGCGCUGUAGAUUUUGAGAAUUCGGCCUUUAAAACUUUCAGCAUUUCAAACUUCUGCAGAAUAUGCAUUGAAAAAAGCGAUGGCUCUAGUUUUUGUGGGAUAAGUCUAAAAACCAUUGAAAUGUUGAAUGCCUUUGUGAUGGAAAAUAUGGAGAGCCAAGCCAGUGGUGUGUGCGAGUAUAACUGGGAGAGCUUUAUAGAGAAGGAAAAUGAAGAGGAAGACAUCUAUGUGGAGAGCAUGCCUUAUAACUUGGCCGAGGAUUUUCUUCUGAAGAACAACGCCGACCUUCCGUGCCAGGAUGAGUGUUUAGAAAACAUGCUCGUUUCUAUUAAAAUGCUGAUAAGCACACCCAAAGUGCUCACACUUCUUGUCCGCCUCGUACAGUUGAAUGCCAGUCUAGCCAGCAUAUACAGAUGCACUACCGACGAGUGUAGGUAUGUGUUUUCUAAAAUAAUGAAAAAGCAUAUAGGCAAAGCCAUUUCCGAUGAUUCGUUUAUCAACAUGAUUUCGUGGCUCUCGCUUCUUGCUAGCUUCCAGGCAACCAUCAAAGACAGCAAUAAUUCAAAGUAUGUUGGGCUGCUGUAUGAAACAGAAGUUGAAAUAUAUAGGAUGCUAAAUAUGCACUGGGGAACCGAAAUGGCUGGUUUGGAUGCUAGCGACACGACUCUGUUUAUGUACAAAAAGCUUUAUGGUUUUAUAAUGGCUUUAUAUGAAUUGACAGAGAUGUGCAUUGGUUUCUGGGACAGCAAUCUUUCUAUUUUGGAAAGCGCCAUGCUUGCGCCAGAAGAGUACCGGAUAAACCGGAUAAAAAUGGACAUGGGCCGCACCCGAAUUAUGGGCACCUUGACUAAGAGCAGAGAAACAACAAAUAAUGCGCCGCACGUCACCAUACUCGACGUAGACAUGGCGUUUGAGCACGUCUGCUAUGUUGAUAGCCACGAGCAAACACGAAAGAUUGUCAUUCUCCCAAAGUCAAGCGUUUCGAUUCCAUGCAAGCACAUAGUAAACCAUAUAUAUGCGCUUUACAAAGUUCCGCACAACAACAUACACCUUUUUGGAGUAAACACAGAAACACGCAGGUGGUCUAUUAAGGACAUAAGUUCCACGGAAUACCUAAACUCGCGGGACCCGAAGACCAACGAAGUCUUGGCGUUCUACUACAUUCCAGAGGUAUUGCUCCAUGAUUCCGACGCGAGUCUUUUGUUUGUGGAGUUUGAAGGGCCUGCUGAGCAUCGAACAGCUGGCACAAUCCGUCUUCCCCUGUUCUUCAACAAGCUAAUGGCCAGCGCACUAGACCUUACGGCAUACAAGUUUGAGCCGCGGGGGGAUGUGGCUACUCCAGAGCCGAUCAUGUCUUUGCGCGAAAUUUCGUCAACACUCCCAUGUACGUAUGUACCCGGCGAGUCAAGUGGCGUAAACUACUAUGCGGGGCUAACGUUUAGCCCAGAAACCACAGACAUUGAUCUGGAAAUUGCCAAUUCCUCUAUGAAAGUGUCCAAUUUGAAGAUCUGCAAAGGCGAACCGAAGCUAGAAAUAACUUACUAUACAAGGCUAAUAAGGCCCAACCAGCACUACAAUAUUUUCUUUGAAAAGCGGUGUGCGUUUAAAAACCUCAGCGCAGGCAAGCCUAUAGGCGAUGAAGUGCAUGGCCUUGGUCGUGCAGGUGCCUCUUUUCAAACGCUUGAGCCAUCUAGAAAGGGCGUGGCGUGCAGCAGCGCAUUCCCAGGAUCCUUCACCUUCAUGUCUCUUGAAAAGCUAAACCACGAAGAAUGCAAGAGUGAGUCUGGGGGCAAUGGCAAAAAAGCUCAGCCCACUCAGAACUUGACAAGAAAGCCCCAAAAAUUAGAAUAUGCUGUGGUCUUUCCAUUGCAGCAUGAAAUUAUUAAUGCCGCAGGCGUUAAGCAUGCCCUCUUAACACAUCUCAGGCAAUAUCAGUGA